CGUCAUCAACGCGCGCAUCGACUCGCCGUUCAUGAAUCUCUCACCUAUAACAUUACUCGGCACACGCUUUAGGGAUUCGACCCGAGAAGCACAUCACUAAUUAAAAGUGACCAUUUCUUUUCCGCUCAACACAUCUUCCGGCGGUUGGACGUGACUGGAGUUCUCGAGGGCAGUCGUCGCCUUUUCCGUCAACUGACGCUUUUGUUGGCCGCGAGACGAGGCGUGGAUGAGCAUUCGUACUGCACACACGCACGCCAGGCAACGCAAUGAGUUGCGACGUGAUGAAACUGAAACUGAACGAACUGAAGGGCGAGCUCCAGCGUCGCGGCUUGAACGCCAGAGGCCUAAAAGCGGAGCUGAUGCAGCGGCUUCAGACGGCCCUGGAGAAGGAACCCCUCACGGACUCGCAAGCCGAGGCCUUUGCUGCAAGCGACAGCACUGCACUGCUACAAGACAACGAAUGCAGGGAUUCGGGCAGCUACUCCAAGGAAGCGGAGGCAGAGUCAAAGCCGCCGUCUGAGUCCGGCCGCAGCGUGCUAGAUUUUGGUGCAGACGGCGUCCUUCCCACAACUGCUGCUGUGGCCAAGGUGGUUGUUAAACUUGAACCGAAUGAGGAAGAAGACGUCAGCAUCAGAGGAGAGCGCGACACUUCAGUUUCGUGGCCUGCAGGCGAAACUAGUCGGGCAGGAGGCAACAGGUGAGACAUGAGUGGGAGAACGACACUCAACACUGACACGCUGAAGUGAGGCUGUGGGCUUCGGAGGACGACCACGGCGAGGAACCUGGGCCGGCAACAGCACAUCGCCCGCAACCAAAUGAGCUGGUUUGAGCCUAUCUAAUGAAACACACUCCCUUCGCUCACCCAUAUCAAGCACAAAACUCUUAUCAUCGUGCUCGAGCACCCUAAUAAAAAUAAUAAUGCGCUGUAAGCAUCUGCAACUUAGCAUAGCAUCGAUUAUACUUGCUUGUCGUAUAUAACAGUCAGUGACAAGCAACCGGCAAACGCUGUCUUAAUCAAUAUAGAUGAUCACGAGACUGGCUGCUAGUCGGAGAUGGCAUGCUAUCUGGGCACAUCCGCGACCGCUCUUCUGGUGGGACACAAUUGUGCCAGAGUUCACUGCUCAACAGUUGAUGCAAAACUUCCACAUGUCCAGGGAGUCAUUCCUCUACAUUUGCGAUCUUCACGAUAGCCCCGCCCCCUGAGGUCGUUGGUGCCGGAGUCUGGCUCAGCAAAUGAUUGAGCUGGCCCUCAAGCACCAGAGCUGGAACGAGAGCCAAUUUCCAUGGUGGACAAAGAAAAAACUGGUACUCACCCGGGUACCGGCUCCGAACUAGCACAAGCGCGGUGGAAAAGGGCCGUGUGAUAACCGGAAG